UCUUGGACGUCUCCUCCCCUGAGUUUCCUCCUCAUAGGCUUGUCCCUGGGAGUGUGGGCGGCCCCUUUCUUGAGCGCAGAAACACUUACUUUUCCCCCUACCCUGCUCCUCCUCCUCCACAGCCGUCUUUCUCUUUGCCUCAGCCACUUCCUUCCUUGGCUUCGCCCUCCCCAGUGCACUGAAGAAGGUAACCGGGUCCGGACCCACGCGGCACCAGUUCUCCGGCGGGAAGGAAAACGGGGCAGAGAGGCAGCAAUGAAUGUGGAUCAUGAGGUUAACCUCUUAGUGGAGGAAAUUCAUCGUUUGGGUUCAAAAAAUGCUGAUGGAAAGUUAAGCGUGAAAUUUGGGGUCCUCUUCCGAGAUGAUAAAUGUGCCAACCUCUUUGAAGCAUUGGUAGGAACUCUCAAAGCUGCAAAACGAAGGAAGAUUGUAACAUAUCCAGGAGAGCUGCUUCUGCAAGGUGUUCAUGAUGAUGUUGACAUUAUAUUACUGCAAGAUUAAUGUGGUUUACAUUAUCUUUAUGUACUGCCAUUUUUUGUUUCUGGUAAACUGGAAUAUAAAGUGAAAGAACAAACAUUUGAACAUACUUAAUGUAUUUUUAUAGAACUUUGUAAACAAAAGGAGAUUCAUGUUUUAGAAGUCUGUCCUUUUUGAUAUUUUGAAAGAAAAUGUAUGUAUGAUGCUAUAAAAUAAACAAAUCCUAUUAUUUUUCUCAGGAAUCUGGUUGGGAAUUGUAGGCAAUGAGAUUUUUUUGGGGCCAGGGACAGGGGAAUGUUUGUUUCAUAAAUAAUUAGACAUUUUCUAUAGAUAUUUGACAUUCUGCGAAAGCAACAAGCAAACUGAAGACUAACUCCUAUGAGAAAUAUUAUAAUGUUUAUGUAAUAAAGACAUGUAACUGUCUUAAAUUU